CCACCAUUCUCCCAUGAUUUUUACCUCCCGUCCCCCUUCUCCGCUCCAUACCUAGGUUGUUUUUACCUAUUGCGUGUACUGCUGGCGGCCACCCUCGCAUCGCCAGCGCUCCACCCCUUCAGGGGCGGCCUUCCCCGCCGAUGCCUCCUCAACUAGCAGCUCGCUUCCUAGAAUCCCCUGGACGAAACAGCUGCAGGCCACCCUGCUCCUCCUGCAGUUGGUGCGCUGUGAUUUGGCUCAGCGCUGGCGUACGCCGUGCUGUGGCUCAGCUAGCGCGGCUGCCCGCACUCCCUACGCCAAGGCCAAUACAAGGCCGCCCUGAAGUGGUGCCAAAAAGCCAGGGCUGUCUGCUCGGGACGACGCCCAAGAUGCUGGCCACAAGCACAGAGUAACGAUCUGCAAACUGAAGCCAAGCUGCUGCCUCCCUCGUCUACAACUUGUUCGACGAAAUGCCCCAACCAUACCGCUGUCUCUCAUUGAUGUCCUGACAAGCAAAACCGCGACCCACCGUCAUGCCGUCCCCGCGCACCAGUUGCACCAUCCCUAGCCGCACCACUUUUUCCUGAAUAGACAGUAUUUAACACCAAGUUCUAUUUCGAAAAGUCAUUUGCUAACAUAUUAUGUAUUGUACUGAUCAUGUACAAAUAUGACACAGGCGCUGCGACAUCCAAGUGAUCCCAACACCCACCUGAGAGCGGAGAAGAAAAAGAGAAAAAGGACGUUGUUUAAAAAGGAUAAAACUACAAGAGUCCCCAGUAAUUUCAGCCACCCGAGAGCAGAGAAGAAAAUAAAACAAAGGAAAUGGGCACCAACUUUAUUUCGGAUCUACGGCCAGGUUUAUGCUCAAACACUAUAUGUGUUAGAGUCUCAAGACUAUGGGAAUAUAGAGGAAAGAACCAUGAAGAUCAGAUCAAGCAUCUAGAUAGGGUGCUUAUUGAUGAAAAGGGUGAUUCCAUAUAUGCUGAAGUACCUGAUGAUAUUCUCUCGAAGUUUCAACCUAUUCUGAAUGAGGGACAAAUUAUCUCCAUAAGAAGAAUAACAGUAGACAGAGCAAAGGCAAUAUAUAGAGCUGUUGACAAUCCCUUGAUGAUCAGGCUAAAUCAGUACACAGAAAUUGCAGAACCAAAAGACCCAGCACUUGAUUUCCCAAAAUAUACAUUCUCAUUGACACCAAUAUCGGAGUUAAAUCAAUACAUUGGGAACCAAGGCGCAUUCCUAGUUGUCAUAGGAAAGAUCACAGCUGUUUCAAAUGCGGCAACAUUGGAGACAAGUACAGGCACUAUUAAGCUGAGAAGGAUAAUCCAUUUGGUUGAUCACAAUGAAAACAUGAUCGAACUAUCAUUGUUUGGACCAAGAGCACAGGAAUUUGACGGGGACACAGUGUAUAAAGUUGGACGAAAGUCUCAUGUGAUAGCAAUAUUUGUUGGAACUUCUAUGAAGCAGUACAAGGGGUCACCUCCUUUCUUAAGUGGAACAGCUGCAUGCAGAUGGUAUGUCAAUGAAAAUGAUGUCACUGAAAUAAGAGAUAUCUACAAACGUUUACCAAUCCAAGCAGAACCAGUUAAAAAACUGCAUCUCAAAAACCAUGAAGAAAUCCAGAGACAAAUUGAAACAAAGAGUUUGUUAGAGCUAAGAGAAAUCAAUCCAUUUGAUCAUGCGGGCUUAAAGUUUGAGUGCACUGCAAUAAUAAUUCAAGUAGCCCAGAACCAAUAUUGGUGCUAUCCAGCUUGCACAGCUUGUGGCUCAAGAUCAAUUUUUGAUGGAGGAAAAUAUCAUUGUUCCAAGGACGGUUGCACAGGCACAAGUAUUGAGCAUAGGUACAAAGUUUGUCUUAUAGCAAGCGAUACAACAUGGCAGCUCCAAUUCAUGCUAUUCCAAGAUCGAGCAAUGCAGCUGAUUGGUAAAUCUGCAGAAAAGUUGCUUACUACGUAUAGAAAAAGCGACACUCCACCAGAAAUUUCAGCACUUGUUGGUCAGAAAUUCACUUUUAUUGUUCGAGUACUCCCGGAGAAGAAACUUAUUGCUCAUGAUCCAAUGUUUGAAGUAUUGAAUAUAAAGAAAAUAUUUGGAAAGCAGUUUCAGAUCCCAAAUGUUAAAAUAGAGAGAAAACCAGCAUCUUCUACCACCUCAACUUCUGAGGAACACAACCUUCCACCUCUGGUACCUAUUUGUCCCAAGGCAGGGGAAAACAAGCUUCAAGACACACAUGAAAAGGAACAUCUCAGUCAGAGAGCCAAAAGGUCACAUUCAUAGAUCAGAACCAGUUACAAAGGACCAGGAGACAUCUUUGUCACCCUCUUUUGGAUAUGUAUCUACAUACCUAUAUCACCUACAAUCUUAGCUUAAUCUAGGUGUUUUAGUAAAUGCACCAUAUUUUGUUAUACAUAUGGUGAUGGUCACAAGACAAAUGUUGAUUAGUUCAGAGAAAUAGCUCUGAUGUUCAGCAAGCCCAAAACUUCAACUAUUUGCAACUACGCAAACCAAAGAUAUAGCAAAAGUUUAUAAUAUUUUGGUGUAUCAUAUAUGCCAUAACAAAAAUAAUUGUGUAUCUGCCA